CUCCUCCUCCUCCUCCUCCUCUUCCUCUUAUAAGACCCGGUCGUGUUUGCAUACUGGAAACAGUCGCUAAAAACGCUGCGAGGAAGGGAGUGCCAUGCGGGAACAGCGACAAGGGAUUUUUUUUAAAGGUUGUGCAAUAUAAUCCAUCGCAGCAGCGCAUUUGAUGCAAGCUCAGAGACAAAGGAGCAGUAAACUUGCCCGGCGUGGAGCUCAGAGCUGAAAUAAGAAGCUUUAGGAGACUCGUGGUCAGCUCAACGUCACCGCGUUUCUACUGUUUUCCUUUACGCGCAAAGCUGCAACGGAAAAGAAACUUUUUGGACACGUCGCUGCACUGUAUCUUUUAUUAACAACUUACUGUUGUGUCUUGACUGAUGAUCAAAUAUCUCGACCACUGCUGGAUCUAAGCCUUUAACGGUUUCUUACCAAAUAUAGCCACUGUUAAUGCUUGAGUGUCCUUGACGGAGCGGAGCGGUCCCACAUUGGAUAUUUGCAGCGCUGCCAAAGUUUAUAAUUAUAUACUCGGUCAUAUCACUUUGACGUAUUAUAGGGCUCCAUUUACAAACUGGGGUUGUCUAAUUAGCAGAUUGGACACUUGAAUCAGUUCGUAUUUCAUCAUUUUUAGAAGCUUGCGUAGUUCGCUUCACAUUUUACUGCCUAUUGUGGACUGCAGCAUGUUAAAAAAUUCAGUCGCCUUGUAGCUUAUGACUGCUGUCACCAGAAGCCAUUUUUAAGUCUUUGAUUUACGAGCCUCUCUCAAUCGUUGAACACAGGCUGCUCAACCUGCUCUGUGCACAUACAUCCAUUUUUCACUCUUUUUUUUUUUCUAUUGUUCUCAAACCUCCAACUAUGAUUUUUUGUGCGCCUGGCUCCGGGCGCGCUGGAUGUGCCAUAGCUCGGUUGAUCCUCACCAUCUGUGUGAUGGUGUUCGGCUUAGUUGGAGCUGAGCAGGCCAACCCGCAUAAGGAGAGCCCACCGCCGGUCACCCUCCGCACCUUGAUCACGGGGACCUGCCAGGAGAUCCAGCGGUACGCGGAGUCCGUGGUGGGAACCAGCGUGAUACGGUCAACUGCUGAGAGUGCUGUGUUAUUUCUAGAGUCAUUGCUUGGUCAGGAGAACGUCUAUGCAGUGGCCAUGUUUUUGGAGAUGGUGAUCCGAUUCCUGGCUGAAGGAGCUGCCAGCGGACUGAAUGUCAUCGCCGUUUACGUCACAGAGAUCCUCAGAGUCACAGGAUUCGAUGCUGCGCUUACGCUGCCCCACUUCACUCCAGAGGGUGUGACAGCAGUCGCCCAGUGGGGUCUGUUAGCCCUCAUUGGCUACUGGGUGCUGACCAUUGUUCUCCGCUUGCUGAUUGGUGUGAUGAGGCGGGUGUUCUGGGUGGUGAAAACGGUCUUGGCUCUCUGGCUCUUCGGACUGAUGGUGACUGACAAGAACGCUUCUGCAGACACCACAGCGGUUCGCCUGGCCGGCCUGGUGCUGGGAUGCGUCUUGUUGACUCUGCUCACUUCCAGCUCUGAAAAGUCUUCUGCAGUAGAGCAUCGGCUGAACAGCCUGGAAGGCCGAGUGAAGGCGGUAGAGAAGAGGAGAGGGGAAUAGUGAUGGAAGAGGGUGGAGGAGAAGGGGAAAGGAGUCAAGAUGGACAAAGGUGAUGGUGAUAUCGGUUAUGACAUUAGUAACUUUGAUGGUUUCUAUAUUAUGUCAAAGUAUUAUGGGAAUUAAAGUAAUCUCUGGGAUUUUUAAUCAGAAAUGUUUUUUUUAAUUUGCCUUCAGAAAAUGCCAAAAUAAUGAAACCACAAUAUUUUUUACACUAAUAAAAAGGAAUCAGUGACACACAAAGCUAUUAAAAGGCUGCAAUAGAAAGACAAGUGUGCACAGAGGAUUGGACAAUUCAAAAUGUCAGAUUAAAAACUGUCUUCUUUCUGUAUUGUCUCUUCCACGAUUGCAUACAAAUAAAAAUCAAAGCAGAAUUUUUAAAUAAUUGUUCAAUAAAAAGCUUCCUCUGUUGGUGGAAGGUACAGUAUUUUAUAAUAAACUGUAAUAAUCCAA